UGUGAGUGGCUUGCUCCAACCACAGCAUUUAUUGUACCAGCAGCAGCAGCAGCAAUAGCAAUAGUAGUGGGUUUUUGGUGGUGAGAGUGUGACUGGGCAGUGAGUUUCAAUGUUCGUGAGCACUAGUUGAAUACAACGGCAGGUUGAACGAAUUGAGCGAGCUGCCGUUAUUGCUAUAGUUUUAGCACUAGUUGCUUGGCCUCGCUACUUGCGUUGUAAGCUAUGAGUAGUAGCAGGCGUGAAAUGGCCAUUAUUAAUGGUCGAUGUUUUCCGGUAGAAUGAGCCGAUUCUACCUAGACCUGUCCAUCUUUUACACAGUUUAUAUGUGUGUAUGUGGAUGCAUGAACUUGUAUGCGUUUGAUAAUGUGUGUGAUUCAGACUUGUGGGCAUGUCUGUUUGUCGGAACCGUGGCACGCUGUUGAUUGGUACCGUAAUUGGGUUUAGGGAGUUGUGUGUUUCGUUUUCGACCUGGUUACAACAUGUCAACAUGAAAUUACAUCGCGGCGAUAAGUAGGACCACCCCACGCGGUGUUCUAUUAUGUGUGGCCGUUCGUCGAUGUCACAGAUUCCAAAUCAAGAUUGAGCUAGCCACGGGGUCACAACUCUACAAGUUACCACGGACUAUGCUAGUGACGCACGUCUUCCGCUGUAGUUGGUGCAGUUGAUGAACAACUUCGGUUUCCCAUGGCACACGUAGUGGAUUGCAGCUGAAAAAGUGAGGAAGCUUAAAUGCAUCUCGCGCAAUGAGACAUCGGUUCGUGCCGUAUGCUGUGGGAGCCUUCGUCGGCUUCGUGGUUGCCUUGCUUAUUCGGUUGGAGGCAUCGGCUUCACUGAAAGCGUCGCGAAAUGAAGCUGAGACAAAAUCUCAACGACUUGUCUGCCUGGUGACUCCAACACAUGCCCGACCCCAACAGAAAGCUGAACUUACAAGGCUUUCGUAUGCUUUUCGAUUAGCGGGCCGGGUACACUGGAUUGUUGUGGAAGAUGCUGAGUCACCGAGCGCGCUGGUGUCACGUCUUCUGGCUGACUCGGGCCUGUCGUACACGCAUUUAACAGCGGUUACUCCGGAAAAGUAUAAGCUCGGCGCUAAUGAUCCUAACUGGCUAAAGCCUCGCGGUGUACUCCAGAGGAAUGCAGCCCUUCGUUUUCUGCGGUCGCGAGCUGCACAAAGCGGCCUCGUUGAUGACGAUGCUGUUGUAUAUUUUGCCGAUGACGAUAACACUUAUGAUAUCCGUUUGUUCAAUGAGAUGCGACAAACGAAAAAGGUGUCGGUAUGGCCUGUUGGCCUGGCCGGUGGCCUAAUGGUCGAACGACCAAUCGUUGUUGACGGCCGUGUGAAAAGAUUCAAUUCGGUUUUCCGGCCUGAUCGUCCCUAUCCAAUUGACAUGGCGGCAUUCGCUGUAAGUCUCAAACUUAUUCGUGAACGUCCAACAGUGCUGUUCUCUCUGAACGUCCAACGUGGAUAUCAAGAGUCGCAUCUAUUGACGCAACUACUCACCGGCUGGGAGGAAUUAGAGCCGAGAGCAGAUAAUGGCAAUAAAGUUCUUGUGUGGCACACGAGGACAGAGUUGCCGAAUUUGACGCCUGAAGCAAAACUGCCGGUUCCCUCCAAUAAGGACAUUGAGGUGUAGCCGUUUGAAAUGAUGACGGA